AUGCUUAGAAAUCCAUUUGCAAAACCUUUGACUGUGCUUAAAAAAUAUUUAGAAGACAUGAAAACAUAUUUUGGUGCACAGCCACAGUCUGUUAACUUUGUGGAAGCUUCUGACCGAAUCAGAAAGGAGAUUAACUCUUGGGUUGAAAGCCAGACUGAGGGUAAGCUUUCAGCAAGACGCUUGGCAGACGACAGUGCGCCUUCNNNGACCCGGAUGGUUCUGGUGAACGCCCUUUACUUUAAAGGAAACUGGGAACAUCAAUUCUCAGCACAAAACACCACAGAAAAACCUUUUAGAAUAAACAAGACUACAAGCAAACCAGUGCAAAUGAUGUACAUGAAAGAAAAACUUCAUAUUUUUCACAUAGAAAAGCCACAAGCUACAGGUCUUCAACUCUACUAUGAGAGCCGUGAUGUCAGCCUGUUUAUACUACUGCCAGAAGACAUCGGUGGUCUGGAACAGCUGGAAAAGGCCAUCACCUAUGAGAAGUUGAAUGAGUGGACCAGGGAAGACAUGAUGGAGCUGUAUGAAGUGCAACUGCAUCUUCCCAAGUUCAAGCUGGAAGAGAGUUAUGAUCUCAAGUCAACCCUGAGCAGCAUGGGGAUGAGAGAUGCCUUUGACCAGAGCAAAGCUGAUUUCUCAAGAAUGUCUUUGGAGAGAAAUCUGUAUCUGUCCAAUGUUUUCCACAAGGCUUUUGUGGAAAUAAAUGAACAAGGUACUGAGGCUGCAGCUGGCACAGGGAGUGAGAUAGGUUUUCGAAUUAGACUCCCCUCCAUUGAAGUAAAUGUAGAUCACCCAUUCCUCUUCUUCAUCAGACACAACAAGACCAAUAGCAUUCUCUUUUAUGGAAGAUUCUGCUCCCCCUAAACUCUGCAUCUCUCUCAUCAAACAGGCCCAACUUACAGUGUGAAAAAUACAUUCAUAAUAUGGAAAAGCACAAUUUUCACAAAAAUAAGUUUGUAGACUAGACCUCUUUCAUGUUUGAAUAUAAGUAAAUAAAUCUUGA